AUGGCAUCUCGACACGAAUUCUUUUGGACAAACGAAAAGGACCCCCAUGUCUAUAGGAGAAAGGCCAUUUUGAAGAAAUACCCACAAGUGACCAAACUUACCGGUCCUGAGCCACUCACAAAAUGGAUCAGUUUGGCCGUUGUUCUCUUACAAUUCACUAUUGCUUAUCUUCUACGCAACACUUCUCCUUUAUCGUGGAAAUUUCUACUCAUUGCUUGGGGGGUUGGCGGAUUUGCUAGUCAAAACUGCUUUUUAUGCAUCCACGAAUUAUCCCACAAUUUGGGAUUCAGGAAACCCUUGUAUAAUAGGCUAUUCUCAAUAAUAUCCAACUUACCUAUCGGAAUUCCUUAUUCGGCAUCGUUCCAACCAUACCACCAGCUCCAUCACAAAUUCUUGGGUGACGAAGUUUACGAUACUGACUUGCCGACCCGCUUAGAAGCCCUUCUCCUAUCGAGCGUCUUGGGUAAGGCCUUCUUCACUACUUUCCAGAUCUUCUUCUACGCGUUCAGACCUAUGUUUGUCACCCAAAUCGAAUUCACCGCAAUCCAUUUGCUUAAUGUCGUUGUACAGUUCGUGGUUGAUUACUACAUUGUCAAAUAUUGGGGGUGGAACUCCCUAAUGUACUUUCUGCUCUCCUCCUUCUUUGCAGGCUCCUUGCAUCCAACCGCUGGCCAUUUUGUAGCAGAACACUACAUCUUCGACCCACCGGCUCAAUUCAAGGAAUUUGAAUCUCCUCCCCCAAUGGAAACCCAUUCUUACUAUGGCCCAUUGAACAUGCUAACCUGGAACGUUGGUUAUCAUAAUGAACACCACGAUUUCCCCUACGUUGCAUGGUCCAAACUCCCUGUCUUGCGGGAAACAGCGCCCGAAUUCUAUAACCAAGUUCCAGAGAUUAAAAGUUGGUGCUGGAUCAUUGUGGAUUUCAUAUUCAACCAUGACGUGACCAUGUACAACCGUGUCAAGAGACAUACAGCUGGACCUAGGGCAAGGAGGUCGGUUGACUACAAUGACAACUCCAAAUAA